AUGAGUUUUGUGUACAUUCUAUUAAUGCAGGCUACGGUGAUCCUCUACUUACAUUCGGAAGUCACCGGUAAAGUAGAAUUCACCAACUUAAAGUGCACUUCCUUCGACCCGAAGUUCAGUGAAUUUGAGUAUUGCCACUUCAAGGCGAUCAAUCGGACCUUUAAAUACCUUUCUCUAAAAGUAAAGCUCUACGAAACACCCAUUACCAACGUCAAGGUAAACGUUGCUCUGCUGAAACGAUUCGGUGGAUACAAACCGUUUCUGUACAACGUCACGGUAGAUGCUUGUAAAUUCUUGAAAAAUCCAAGUUCAAACGCAGUGAUCGUAUAUCUGCAUGGCUUCUUCAAAAGCCACUCCAACAUGAACCACACUUGCCCAUAUGAUCACGAUCUUAUUGUAGACAAACUGACAGCCGACUUCCUCAACACGCAGGUCACGGAGGUUAUUUCGUUUCCAUUUGGCGAAUUUCUUUUUCAAUCGCAAUGGUUUGCCUACGAUAUUCUUCGCGCUUCGGUCAACGUAUAUGUUACCCUCUCUUAA